AUGAACCAGAAGGUGUUACUUUUCCUUCUCCCAAAUUGUAUUUUUGGGAUAUUCCUUUUUGGGUUUUUCUGCAAGAGACAAAAGCCUCUGACACGUGAUUUCCCUGAUCCCGCCGAGGACUGGCUGGCGACUCAAAACGAUCGCAAGAGCACGCUGGCUUCUGUCUGCCUGAAGAACAACCUUCUCAGAUCGAGAAGUGAAUUGGAUUCUAAUGUUGCAAGCCAGCUCUUUGUGGAGCACAGACAUAAAUUUGUCUACUGUGAGGUGCCCAAGGUAGGCUGCUCCAACUGGAAGAGAACGAUUUUUAUUCUCCAAGGAAACCUGAACACUGAAGCUUCUGAAAUUGAGCACGACCACAUCCACCAAACCACGCUGAUCAGGAAGCUGGUGUCCUACCCUCCUGCCACACAAAACGAAGUCCUGAGCAAUUACACCAAAGUGAUGUUCACCAGGCAUCCCUUGGAACGGCUGGUUUCGGCUUACAGAGACAAACUGCUGCACUUCGAGCCGUUCUACAGCAUCACUGUCGCUAACGAGAUCAGGGCGAUGUUCAGGAAGAACAGAAACUCCACGGGGAAAGUGAGUUUCCAGGAGUUUGUCAACUUCAUUCUAUCCAAGCCACCCAGUAGUCUCGACAUUCACUGGAAACCAAUGUUUCUGCUCUGUGACCCCUGCAACGUUCGCUACGAUGUUCUGGGUAAGUACGAGACUCUGGGCUUAGACUCCCAGCACGUUCUGGAGGUCAUUGGGGCCCCCGCGGGGCUGCACUACCCCAGCGUGAAGAGGUACGGCUCAGAGAAACGAACUGACGGGGACAUCACCUUGGAGUAUCUCAGGCAACUGAACACAGAACAAAUUGAGAGGAUCAAAAAGCUGUAUCAGAUGGAUUUUGUCUUGUUCAACUACACUAUGAACUACGAGGAUUACUUUUCCCCGCGUGACUAG